GUUUUGGCAAGAACUAUCAAAUUCCCAGUAUCAUGUUUCCUACUAGAAUACCACUUUUCAUCAAGAAAACAGUUUUCUCGGCCAACGCGAGAUUCUCCUCUUCAAACUCGAGUUCAAUCGUAACAAUUUUGGACGCAUCUUGUAAACUAGGCAAAAAUCUAGCCUUACUAUUGAAGCAGAGCCCCCUGAUAGGUGAGUUGCGCCUUUAUGACAAAAACAGGAAUAUUUGUGCGAUCGCAGAAGACUUGAGUCAUAUCGAUACAAGAACCAAGGUCAAAUCUUUUGGUGGAAGACCCGUACUUAAACAUGCCGUGAUGGAUGCUAAUAUAGUUGUAACAAUUGGUGGUUGCAAAGAAUCUAUUCGGGAAACCCCGAAACAGAUGUUUGAGAGAAAUGUCGAUGAUGUCAGACUAGCUGCCCUUCAUAUGAUAGAAUUUAAUCCCAAAGGCAUAUUUUGCAUUACUAAACCGCCUAUCGAGGCAAUGGUACCGCUAGUAACAGAAGAAUACAAGAAAGCCGGAGUGUACGACAGCAGGAAAAUAAUAGGAAUAACUAGUGUGGCGUCCAUGAGAGCGAACAGUCAUGUGGCAGUGAAUACCGGCAAAAAUGCUUCUGAUAUAGUCUGUCCGAUUGUUGGAGGCCUGAGCUCAGAUUGUGUUGUAGCAGUUUUGUCACAAGUUAGACCCAAAGGAUUGAAUGUGACAGGACGAGGCGGUUUGCAAAAGUGCAUCGGAAACAGCGAGGACGACGUGCUGAAGCUGUACGCGGACUGCGGCACCGUCUGCCUCACGCCGGCCCUGGCCAUCUCCAGGUUCGUCAACACGCUGCUGAAGGCCCUGCAAGGGGAGACGAAUUGCGUGGAGUGCGCCUUCGUGCGGCAGACCGGCCAUAUCGGACAGUUUUUGCCAUACAUGACGUCUAUUGUCAGACUAGGUCGACACGGUAUAUUGUCCAGUCACAUGCCCAAAGUGAACGGAGAAGAAAGCCAUCUUUUGAAAAAAUACUCGGUCAUAAUCAAAGAACAUAUCCGAUUGGGAGAAACCUUUGUAACUGGAGAGGCCAUCGAGAAUAAGGAAGAAGAAUUGGUUCCUUUUGGAACUGACAAAAAUACUAAACCCGUCCAACAAAGAGUGUAGCUCAGUAUGUGUUCUAUAUAAUUUAUAAUAAAAGUUUAUUUAGUAACUACAUAGAUUAAACAAACCUAUGGUA